UGCUUUUCUCUUCUAAGCAACGCAAUGCGACUGCCGACUGCACAAGAGUUCAUAGUUUUGAGUAUUGUCUUUUGGUAAAGCGUUUCAAUUGAAUGGCUCUGUCUGUGAAUGCAGAUGGCGAGAUAAAAGAGUUGGUCGCUACCGGAAAAUUCCCGCAGUUUGAUGUCGUCGGCGACGAGUCCGACCACCACUAUUUCCAUGGGAACAAAUCCGUCAAGGAAAACGGCGUCAAGGAUCCAGAUUGCUUCUCCAUUGCAUCAAGCGAGGUCCACAAGAAGAUCAUGAAGGAAUGGCGAGUACUGGAACGGAACCUCCCGGACUCGAUCUACGUGCGAGUCUACGAGCGCCGCAUCGACCUGCUCAGGGCGGCGAUAGUCGGCCCCGCCGGCACACCGUACCACGAUGGGCUCUUCUUCUUCGAUCUCGCUUUCCCGUCCGACUACCCGACCCGCCCACCCCAGGUCACUUACCGGUCCUUCGGGAUUCGCCUGAACCCGAACCUAUACGCCAGCGGGUUCGUCUGCCUGAGCCUGCUCAACACGUGGUUCGGGAAGGCGAAGGAGAAGUGGAACCCGGCGGAGUCCACGGUGCUUCAGGUUCUGGUCUCCAUCCAAGGCCUGGUUCUCAACAGAGAACCGUACUUUAACGAGCCGAGCAUCGGCCAUUUCCCGGGUCAGGGGAGGAAAUCGACGGCUUAUAGCGAGAAAGCGUUCGUUAUGUCGUGCAAAACCAUGGUCUACUUGCUUCGAAACCCGCCCAAGAACUUCGAAGACUUGGUGGCCUGGCAUUUCCGCGAGCGGGCGCAGCAUAUAUUUGCGGCUUGUAAUGCCUAUAUGGAAGGUCGAGUGAAAGUUGGUUGCUACCCCGAAACUGGGUUGGUUUCGCCUUCGUCACGGGUCCAUGUAUCGAGCAAUUUCAAGGCCAUGAUGAAGUCGUGGUACCCAGAAAUGGCGGUGGCUUUUGGCAUAACCGGGGCUUCUAUUGGGAAUUUCGCCGAAGAGGUGGUGGUCGAAAGCAACACGUCAUGCUUCUCUGGCGUUGGUGCCAAAAAGGAGGAGUUAGCUACAUCCUCUGAGGCUGAUACUGGUGCGAUGAACAAAAAGAUAAAAUUGGGGAUCAGGAAGGUGAUUAGGAAACUAAAGAACGUAUUGGGAUUGAAAAAAGUUGGUGAAAAAGAAUCUGGCGGAAUUAAACUGAAUCUGGCGGGAUGAUGAAUAAAGCAUCAGAGCAACCCAAUUACAGGUGUCUUCUGCUUUUGUUUGGUAAAACUACUGAAGUUAGGUUUAGGGGCUGUUUGAGAGAGGGUAAGGACUUUUCCAAAGGUGAUUACAGCAUACAAUCCAAAACAAAGGUAUUUACUGUACAUAAUCCCCUCAGUAGAACUCAUAUGGCAAUAAAGGUUGAGAAUUAUCACAUCUGUUUCCACUUUCUUUUACUUUUUCCGUUGCAAUCAAAUGUCAUCCCCAGGACCAGCAGUGUAUCAUUAACCCAUAUACUCUUAUGCCUUAAAAUUAGGAUAAU